UGCUGACCCAAGCAGCUUGGGCAACCUGUCACGUUUGCUCCGAGCGCCCAACAAUCCGGGCCUCAAGAGUAAAGAAGGUGAAUUAAUCCAGGGAAAAGAGUUAAGAAACAGAGAAUGUCAGGAGACAAAGAAAGGAAGAAUGAAGGCAUUCCUAAAGAAGCAAUGGGCAAAGAAGACACAUCUUCAUUAACUAAUGCUGUAGAGCAAGUUGCCAAACAACAACAAUCACAAACAUCAGAAAUAGAAAAGCAUAAAAAACUUUUGUUCCAUUUGCAGAUUGAACUUCAUGAUCUUGAAAAGCAAAUAGCAGCUAUUGCUGAAGAAGCUAAAGAAACAGAGAGGAAAAUGCAUCAGCAAGAUGCUAUCAUGGAGAAUUCUAAACUUCAGUGUGGACUCUUGGAAGCUCAAAUUGAGUCCUUAUAUUCAGAAAGUAUAAAGCUUAAAUUUGAUACAGAAACAGCCCAAGAAAAUUUUGAGGAACAAAUGAUAAAAUAUAAUGCAUAUUAUGCAAAGAUAAAAGCUCAUAAAGAUAGUUUAGGAGAGAUAAAAGGCCAGUGUUCACUUAUGACUGAACUCUAUGAAAAACGAGAUCUCAUCAAAAACAUAAAAACAAUGAAAGAAGAUCUUACAGAAAAUCCCCAAAAUUCACAAAGGAACUAUACAAUACAAAUACAGGAAGACAUUGCAGAGCUAAAGAAUAAAAUUAUGACAGCAAAAGAUUCAAUUAUCAAGAAAACACAUUUUCUUGAAGAAGAGAAAAAGACACAUGAAAAAUUAAGAAAAGAAAUAGAGGUGCAACAUAAACGCUAUGAUGCAAUUCUUAAGCGUUUGCAUUGUCAGGUGAACAAGAUUCAGCUAAAUAGGAGAAAAUGGCAACAGAACAUUGAACAACUGAGAAAAACUGCAGCUGAGUUAAAAAAGCGCAUUGGAGUGAAGGAAGCCAGCGAAAUACUGAACAAGCCAACAGCAUUGUGGGAAAGAACCCUGUAAAGCUCUUUCAGACUCUUCACAGCCAGCGCCAGUAUCAGGGGCCUGUCUCAAGGACAGAUAUUUUCUUUUUCUUCUUCAUUUUUUUUGUUUGUUUUGAAUCAGGUAUGUGUUGGUUCAAGUGCCUCCCAAUCUGUGUUGCAUCGCACUAGGUAGACAACACCGGUGCCUCAAGGAAGCUACCAAAAGAAUGUGUGUGCAUAUUUCAAACCUGCAGUCCUGAAUGCCUGCUGCUAACGAUGGGGAAGUCAAAUUUUUACCCUACAAAGUACAAAUUUAGAAGAAACAGUUGUAUUUUCAAUGACUUAAAUUGUUGAGAUAUUUAAAGAAACUUUUUAUUAGUUCUUUU